GCUAUCAAUAGACUACAAUAUAAUAUAAAUGAUCAUUACCCUCAUUUAAGAAACUCAUGGAAAACACUGGAAAAAAGGCCUACAUUAUUUAUCUGAUGCAUUUGAAAUUGGGGUAACUCAAAAAAACAACAUUUCUUUGAGUUUAGUGAAGUUGAUAUUUUGAGUUGGGCACACUAAGUAACAGUAACUUCAUUAGACUUAAAUUUGAGAAAUGUGAAAAGGCACAACAACAACAACAAAAAGUUCAACCAACUUUAUUAAAGUCGGUAUAUGAAUUACACAAAUCUUGAUUAAAUUUAGUCGAAUUUAUGUUUAACAACUUACAUUAAGUCGUUCUUGUAAUGUAGGUUGAUAGGUGAUCGCCAAUUGGUCAGAUGUGCUAGUUUUGCUGAUAUUUCAGGAAUGUCGGUGUAGCAUAUAGUGCUGUAGAACAUAACACAUGAACCAGCUCGUCCACAUGAACUGACAGUAAUGCGCAGGGAAACCAAUCAGUGAAGUCACUGGCAGCCAGAGGUGGCUGGCCCUGUUUUACAAGGCGCAGCUCUCGCCUCCACCCUCAGCAAGAUAAAGUCAUGCGCUCAGGGAAUUCACGCUACACUUAUGCAGGAAUCGACUUUUAAUCUCCUGCUGCAGUGGUUGAUUUUCCUUCAAUGGCAUUUUAUAAGGAAGACAGCCAGGAGGACGCGCGAGAGUGUCCAGUGUGCUAUGAGUGUCUGUCGGGCACGGAGAGGACCCUGAGCUGCGGACACGUAUUCUGCCACGACUGUCUGGUCAAAACGCUGGUCAGCAUCAACAGCAAUGGAAACAUCAGAGACACUAUUGUUUGCCCCAUCUGCCGACAUCUUACAUUCAUCAGGAAACAACAGGAAGCGCCCGUGGCCGUCACGACGGACAAGGAUCCAGGUGAAGGGCAGACCCUCGAGGUACCUCUCCCUCCGCCUCCGAGACAGGUCCAGCGCGCGCGGGGCGACUCCAGGGACACUUUACCGGGAGACGUUAACCGGAUUGCUCGCUGCUUUAAGGGAGUGUCUGAUCGAUUCCGUCGACAGAGGUUGAUCAGCCCCAGCCAUACCGCAUCUCAGAUCUUUAUCAUAAGCGCUCAAGGGCGACCCAUGGCCGAAUACGAUGCGCUCAGCGUUGUGAUGACUGUGGUUCAACCCCGGCGCAGGCGAAGGCGAAGGAUUUGCACAACUGCGCGAUGCCUGCUCGUUUUACUGUCAGCAUUUACUAUACUGGCACUAGUGGCUGCUACUUUACCCUGGAUUUUGCUGGCAUAGCCCAGUGAUAUGGAUUAUGAAGGGCCAUUAGGGCACGAUGAACUGAAGUUGUUUUUACUAAAAUCAAUUAUCUUAUGAAUUUCAGGAAAUAAUAAAUGCACUGAAAAUGUACAAUUUCGUUAAUAUGGUAAUACUUUUGUUUGCAACAAGGUUUUAAGAUGUUGUCUUUUCCUUUCCCCUUAAGGAAAAGUCAAGGAGUUUAUAAGCAUGCCCAUGUCCUUUAUGUGCAUUACCAAGCAACAGUCUGAGGUAAAGUAAAGGUUAAAGCCUGGACAGCUAACUCUUUAGUCUGUGACAUGUUCCACCUGUUUUACGGGAAGCUAUCAUGCAGGCAAUUGUAACAAUUUCAAAGCACAUCCAAAAGUUUGUAAAUCCAAGAGGAGUGGACAUUUUGAAAUGAUAAUUUCAACAAUAAUCAAAAAAAGGGGGUUGGCUGAAAGAAAUGUAACAAAAAAACGUAUAACCCUGCUUGUUGAAGCUGCUCAAGUCAUUGUUGUGUUACUCUGUUGUUGGACACACUGUUUCUAAGCAGCAGAACAAAAACUGUAUACUUCAGAGCUAACAUCUUUCCCACCUUCAGGAUUAUUUUUGAGUGUCUGCAUAUGUCCUCAAAAUAAAAAAGAUGGGUCACAUUUUGGCAGCAAGACGUCAGCUUGGUUUAUUGAUGGAGCAAAGUGUAAUAGUAAAGACCUUGUUACAUGUUGACAGACUUCCUCCACUCCUUACAGUAGACGAAGACAUUUUUAAAAAUAUCACGCAAUUUCUAUUUUAAGCAUUCACUUUACACAUGCUGAUCAAGUGGGAAAACGCAACCUGGAGGGAGUCAGAGGUUUUGUUAGACCCCAGUAACACCCCGAUCCUAUACAGCGUGCGACUGACUCUCCUUGUAGUGUGUAUAUAAGUGUAAACAGAGCCACCUUUAAAACUUUCAGUUAGAAAUAAUUGAUGCAUGGCAGUCUGAAGGAGAGAUAUAGCAGGCAGAGAUGAGCUGCGCCUGGCUGUAAGGAGAUAUACUGCUGGACUGUGGCAUUAAAUUACCGCCUGUAAAACAAAAAUUUCUUGGAAAGUCUAAUGAUAAUUUUUCUGAAACAAAUAGCUCACAAUCCACAAAAGACUGCCAGUAUCGUCACCAUCCUGACAAACAUGUACACUCCUAGUUUCCUCCAAUGUAACAAUCCCUCAGCCAUCCUGCUGGGCCAGUCCUACAGGUUACACUCCUGGAGAGGCCUCUGUUUUUCAGUCUUGCCCAGUUUCUCAGUGGGUGAGAGGACAAUAAUUAUUUAUUUCAUUUGAUUAAAAUAACUUUGUUUGUUGAUGAUAUUGGGUUGCAUGUCAGUGGAUAUAUCCAAAUGAACUGUAAAAAGUUGUAAAUGCGGAAAAAAGACACCAAUUUCAAGGCAAAGAGAGAUUUCUCAAAGAACCAGCUGUUAGGUUUCUGCUCACUCUGAUGAAUACAUUCCUGUGGCAGAAUUAAUCCCCAGGUGGUGGUGGAAGAAGCACUCAGAUCCUUUAAAUAUUCAAUUACGAGUCAAAGUCCUGCAUUUAAAUAAAUCCUAUAGAAGCAUAAUAAUCAAAAUGUUCUUAGCGUCAAAGUAAAUAUACUGCUCAGCAGUAAAAUGUUCCCUGUGACUGAUUUGCUACAAUAUAUUAAAUGAAUAUUGUUGUAGCUGGUUAAUGUGGAGCUAUAGUGUUCUUGCUACCACAAGACACAUCUGGGGGUUUGUGAGAUGAUUGAUGUUUCAGGA